CUGGUGUGGAGAUGGCCGCUCUCUGUGCAGGUUAGCAUGCGGCACCUUACUCUAGCCUCCGACCCGGCCCUGUGGGCCUCCAUGCCGUGUCCACGCUCUGAGCUGCGCCUGGACCUGGUCCUAGCGUCUGGACAGUCCUUCCGGUGGAGAGAGCAGAGCCCCGCACACUGGAGUGGCGUGCUGGCCGGCCGCGUGUGGACCCUGACGCAGACGGAGGAGCGCCUGUGCUGCACUGUGUACCGAGGGCCCCAGGGCCGGGCGGCCAGGCCCACGCCGCGGGAGCUGGACGCCGUGCGCGCCUACUUCCAGCUGGACGUCAGCCUGGCGCAGCUCUACAGCCGCUGGAGUUCCGUGGACUCCCACUUCCGAGAGGUGGCCCGGAGAUUCCAGGGUGUGCGGCUGCUGCGACAGGACCCCGUCGAAUGCCUGUUCUCCUUCAUCUGCUCCUCCAACAACAACAUCACACGCAUCGCUGGCAUGGUGGAGCGGCUGUGCCAGGCCUUCGGGCCCCGGCUCACCCGGCUUGACGACGUGACCUACCAUGGCUUCCCCAGCCUGCAAGCUCUGGCCGGGCCGGAGGUUGAGGAUCGCCUCAGGAAGCUGGGCCUGGGGUACCGGGCCCGCUAUGUGAGUGCCAGCGCCCGAGCCAUCCUAGAAGAGCUGGGCGGGCUGGCCUGGCUGCAGCGACUGCGGGAGGUCCCCUACGAGGAGGCCCACAAGGCCCUCUGUGCCCUGCCCGGGGUGGGCACCAAGGUAGCCGACUGCAUCUGCCUGAUGGCCCUGGACAAGCCGCAGGCGGUGCCCGUGGACGUCCACGUGUGGCAAAUCGCCCGGCGUGACUACCGCUGGCAGCCCACCGCGUCCCAGGCCAGGGGCCCCAGCCCCCAGGCCAACAGGGAGCUGGGGGACUUUUUCCGGAGCCUGUGGGGACCUUAUGCAGGCUGGGCCCAGGCGGUACUGUUCAGUGCUGACCUGCGCCAGCCCCACCGUGCCCGCGAGCCGCCACCUAAGCGCAGAAAGGACGGCGAAGGGCCCCAAGACUAGGUGGGGGCCCAGACGCAGGGAUCCCUCCCUGCGGCUCUGUGCUCCCCACGCCCUCAGGCCUGCAACUACCUCAGGGCCAGGAGCUCCCAGACCAGCAUUCAGCCUGUACAGCCAGGUCACAUGGAGCCCCCAGACCGGCAGUCAGCCUGUACAGCCAGGUCACAUGGAGCCCCCAGACCGGCAGUCAGCCUGUACAGCCAGGUCACAUGGAGCCCCCAGACCGGCAGUCAGCCGGCACGGCCAGGUUGCACAGAGCCCCCAGACCGGCAGUCAGCUGGCACGGCCAGGUCGCACGGAGCCCCCAGACCGGCAGUCAGCCGGCCCGGCCAGGUUGCACAGAGCCCCCAGACCGGCAGUCAGCCGGCACGGCCAGGUCGCACGGAGCCCCCAGACCGGCAGUCAGCUGGCAUGGCCAGGUUGCACGGAACCCCCAGACUGGCAGUCAGCUGGCAUGGCCAGCACGGAGCCCCCAGACCGGAAGUCAGCCGGCACGGCCAGGUUGCAUGGAACCCCCAGACUGGCAGUCAGCCGGCACGGCCAGGCCGCCCCAGUGCCACGUGUAGAGACAGAGCUGGCUGUGGUUUUAUCUUCUUCCCUUUAUUACAAGAAGGAACAAUAAAAUAGAAACAUUUGUAUGGAAAACAGAGGAUGGCAGCGAC